AUGGUACGGCCGGAUCUCACUUCUGCCUAUCAUUCUAACCAAGCUGGCCAUGCCACCGAAUAUUGCAUAAACUCGAGACACAAAUUACAGGACAUGAUUGACAAUCGUGAGCUCAUCUUAGAGCCAACACCUCCAAAUGUGGACACAAAUCCGCUCCCAAAGCAUGGAGGGAACCAAAUUCACAUGAUAGAGAGAGGUGAUGAGUGGGAAGAAAGCCCAACUAUAAUUCGUCCAGAUGUUGAAGGAUUAGAGAGCAUUGUCGCCUCAUUGUCACUACAAGAGCGAGAAGAAGUGGUAGACCCUCUGACAAAGGGAUCUGAGAUAUCUGCCAUAGCCAAAAGAGAACCUUUCGUGCUCAAGUACUCCUCAACAGUUGCUCGAGUUCACAACGAACCGUUCAUACUCAGAACAUCAGGAUCAAUUGAGAAUGAACCCUUUGUGAUCAAACCACCGCACCAAAUGAUGAUCAACAAAGAUAAAGAAAUAGUUGUUGUGGUUCAGGGUAUGACCAGGUCAGGAAGGUGUUAUGCCCCAGAAGAACCUGUGCCCGAAGCGCCUCGUCGCGAAAACCCUCAGAAGAAACCAAUAACUGAAGGUGAAGCUGAAAAUUUCUGGAGGCAAAUGCCGGUCAAGGAUUAUUCGAUUGUUGAGCACCUGCAUAAAACUCCUGCUAGGAUAUCGGUAAUGUCACUACUACUCAGUUCAUCCCAACAUCGUUUGGCCUUGAUGAAAGCCUUGGAUGAAGUCCAAGUACCUGCCGGCACCACAAGCGAAACAUUGGCCGAAAUUGUGGGGUAUGUUGUGCGAGCUCAUAGGUUGUCAUUCUCUGACGAUGAAUUACCAAGGGAGGGGAAGUCCCACAAUAAAGCCCUGCACAUAACAGUCAAAUGCCGUGACAAAAUUAUUCCACAAGUACUGAUUGAUGGGGGAGCUGGGCUGAAUGUAUGCCCUGUGACGACUCUGAAACAGCUCGGAUAUGAUAUUGGUAAAAUCCGCCAGAGUCGGACCAACGUAAAAGCUUAUGAUGGUGCAACCAGCGACCCGAUUGGAGAAAUAGAUUUACACAUACAAAUAGGCCCCGCGGAGUUCGUAGUGGAGUUUGUCAUCAUGGACAUCAAAACAAGCUAUAACCUAUUGUUGGGCCGACCUUGGUUGCACGCCGCCGGAGUUGUAGCAUCUUCGUUACACCAAUCUCUCAAAUUCAUAUGGGAUGAUCAAGAAGUCAUGAUUCACGGCAAAGGAAGUGUCCACAAUUAUCCAGAUAACUCUGUGCCAGUCAUAGAGAGAUCACUAGCGGGCGCUGAUUUUCACACUGUUGAGCUAGCCAUGAUAGGUUGUAGGGGAGAUGAUGAAGAUAUCCCUAUGCCACUGGUCUACAAGAUGGUUGCUACAACUAUGAUGAGGAAUGGGUUUGAACCCGGGAAAGGUCUGGGAAAGAACUUACAAGGAAUCAGAGAACCAGUAAGUAUCAAACACGGGAAGUACCGGUUUGGGGUUGGAUACAAGCCAUGUCAAGCAGAAGAAGAGGAAGCAGAGUAUGGACCGAGAGGUCCCGUUGAAAUGAGAAAACCAUUCCCUCAUCUCUACCAAUCCUUCACUACAUGCCCAUUGAGCCACAACGGCGAAGAUCCAGAAGAGGGUUUGAGGACGCUGCUUUGGGAAGGAGAAUGCGCAGCCAUCAUUGAAGAAUGCUUUGAAGCAUUAGAGAUUCGCCCUGCUGAACCAGGAGAGACAAUAUGUGGAUGGACUUCUACCCCGUUGUUCACUCUGCGUAAUAAUACAGAGGCCACAAAUAAUGUCAUGACAUGUUACAAAGCAAGUGAAAAUGACGAUGAACAAAAUGACGAUCAAGAGGAAGAGAUAACUGAACCGGAAGGGUUGAUAGAUGUCGAAGAAGAAUAUGAGAACAGACCCACGCCAAACCUAGAGGAAACAGAAGCAGUUAAUCUAGGAAGUGAGGAGUUGGUGCGGGAGACUAGAAUAAGUGUGCACUUGACGGAAGCUGAGAAAGAAGGGUACCGGAGCCUACUGAAAGAGUAUGAAGAUGUUUUCGCUUGGUCAUAUGCCGAUAUGCCAGGUCUGAGUACGAAUAUUGUUGCCCAUAGGUUUCCAAUCCUCGAAGGGUUCACCCUAGUGAAACAAAAAUUCAGGCAGCCUAAGCCCGAUGUCAGCAUUCGAAUUAAAGAAGAAGUAGAAAAACAGAUUCAGUCAGGGGUCGUUGAGGUGACACCAUACCCGACAUGGUUAGCGAACAUAGUUCCGGUACCAAAGAAAGAUGGGAAAAUAAGGAUUUGUGUGGAUUAUCGUGAUCUCAACCGCGCUAGCCCAAAGGAUAAUUUCCCGCUCCCAAAUAUUCACAUACUCAUUGAUAACUGCGCCAAGCAUGAGGUACAAUCUUUUGUGGAUUGCUACGCAGGCUAUCAUCAGAUAUUGAUGGAUGAAGAAGAUGCUCAAAAAAUGGCAUUCAUCACACCGUGGGGAGUGUAUCAUUAUCGGGUAAUGCCUUUCGGACUCAAGAAUGCCGGCGCUACUUACAUGAGGGCGAUGACCGUUGUCUUUCAUGAUAUGAUGCACAAAGAAAUUGAGGUGUAUGUGGAUGACGUCGUCAUCAAAUCCCGAAUAGGUGAGGACCACCUUGAACAUUUAUAG